ACAUUGUGAGAUAGAGCUAUCUCAAUUCGAAAAAUAUUGGUUCAACUGUGCAUAAUUCAGGGCAAAAGUUAUGAAUAAUUACGCACUAUUAGCUCAGAGAAACAACCGCAUUGACCUUAGAAUAACCUUAGGAGUUAUCAUCAUCUUUUCACUUGUAACCUUUAUCUCUUAUCUCAACGAAUUGUCAAAAAGUGCGUCCAAUGCUACCGCAAGAAAAGCAGAGAUAGCCCGUCGGAAGAGAAACGAAUUCUUCAGUAUGGACGACGAAACAGGAACCGUACAAAAACUGUAUCAUAUAAAUGCUAAAAGAAAGACAGAUCUCUCCCAAUGUCCUCGUCUGAGGAAUUCCUAUAAUUCUCAUAUGCAGAAUUACUUUAUUAAUUCCAAUUCAUCUUCUUCAUUAGUAGACUAUCAAAAGGUUCCAUUAGUAGUACUUUAUACGAAGGGUCUGUCGCAUGUCUUUAUGGAACGUUGCCUAGAAAUUUUGAAUAUAGGGCAUAAGUCUUUUUUAAAUAUUAACGAAAUUAUAAAUGGCCAAUUGGAUUUUGGGUUUUGCGAAAAAAUUAAUAAAAAAUGCAACUAUCUCUUUCUAGUUCAACAUCCCAUUGAUGGAAUCCUGCAAAACUAUUUAAAAUGUUUAACAAACUCAUCAGGUGAAUCCUGCAAACUAAACAACGUAGACAUUUCGAGAAUGAGCUUGAAAACUUACGCUAGAAGUGAAUCUAGUGACAUGUUCAAUAAAAUACAUUAUUACCUUGACAAGUGUCAUUUGAACGCCGAUAUUUGCCUCUUUCCCAGCUCUUAUGCAGAACAAUUGUCAGAAAAUGAACUGGGUGAGAAAUUAGCGGAAUCUGUUACCGUCUUAGAUAAAAUGUUUAGUGCUGUUGGAAUUUAUCAAAACCUAUCAAUAUCUAUGAACUUAUUUGAGAAAAUCAGUGGAAAAGCCUUUACAAACUGUAAAAACAUAGAACAAAGCCAAACUAGAUUAACAAUGAAGGAAAUUGAUGAUAUGAGAGAAUCAUUAGCAAAUGAUGCUAUUGUAGCUAGACGUCUCUAUCCAGAUUUAGUGAUCUAUCAGAAAUUGCACUAUAUCUUUGCAAGACAAGUAUCAAAUUUUAAGCUAACCCUUAAUAUGAAACAAAUUGAAUAG